CGAUAGAAAGCAACGAGAACUGUGUUUUGUUAAUUUUUCGAAAUGGUUUUGUUAACACUUGCCCUACUGGGUGUGGCAAUAGGCUUAUUGUACAAGUUCUACCAGAAUUCUUUCAACUAUUGGAAUCAUCGUGGAGUGCCUUUUGAGCGCCCUCUUCCGUUUAUUGGGAAUAUGAGAGGCCUUGGAAGGAAAUAUCAUUUUCGUGAUAUUAAUGGCAGACUUUAUAAAAAAUUCAAGGGAACUGCGCCGUUCGCGGGAAUGUUCAUGUUUUUCAAACGAGUCGCUUUCAUAAUCGAUCUUGAUCUUGUCAAACAAGUUCUCAUUAAGGACUUCAAGAACUUCCAGGAUCGUGGAGUUUUCAACAACGUUCGUGACGAGCCUCUAACCGGACAUUUGUUCACUCUCGAGGGCGAAGAAUGGAAAGCCAUGAGACAUAAGUUAACACCGGUUUUCACCUCCGGCAAGAUGAAGCAUAUGUUCGGCACUGUCGUUGAGGUCAGUGAUCAUUUGACUAGCACAAUGGGUAAAUAUGCAAGUGCUGCGGCCACAGAUGGAGGAGAUGUGGAGAUCAAGGAACUGUGUGCCCGAUUCACCACGGAUGUUAUUGGUACUUGUGCCUUUGGCUUAGAAUGCAACAGUUUGGCGGAUCCCAAUGCAGAAUUCCGUUCCAAAGGUCGUAUGUUGUUCGAAAAGCCGCGUCAUAAUCAGUUGGUUCAAAGCUUCAUAUUCACAAAUGGAAAUCUCGCUAAAAAAAUGAGAUUAAAGGCUUUGCCCGAUGAUCUCCACAAUUUUUUCAUAAACGCUGUUCGAUCAACAGUUGAUUAUCGACUUAAGAAUAACAUUAAGCGGAACGAUUUCCUUGACCAGUUGAUCCAAUUGCGUGCAGAAAAUCAGGAGGAAGCUCGUCGAGGCAAUGGAAUUGAUCUCUCAAAAGGAUUGACUCUAGAGCAGAUGGCAGCACAGGCUUUCGUUUUCUUUAUUGCCGGGUUUGAAACAUCCUCCAGCACCAUGGCUUUCUGCCUUUAUGAAUUGGCUCUACAACAAGAUGUUCAACAGCGUUUACGCGAUGAGAUUGAAAAUGUUCUAAAAGAUGUAUCCAACGGAGAACUUACUUACGAAGCAAUGAACCAAAUGACUUAUUUAGAACAAGUACUUUUAGAAACCCUACGAAAACACUCGAUCCUCCCUCAUCUUUUACGUGUGGCUGGUGAGGACUAUAAAGUACCUGGCACUGAUAAGAUCAUCGAGAAAGGAACAACACUCCUAAUUCCCGUGCACAACAUUCAUCGUGAUCCCGAAUAUUAUCCCGACCCCGAUCGUUUUGAUCCUUCGCGAUUCGAACCAGAAGCUAUCAAGGCGCGUCAUCCAUAUGCCUACUUGCCAUUUGGAGAUGGUCCUCGCAACUGCAUUGGUGAACGAUUUGGAAAAAUGCAGGCCAAGAUUGGUCUGAUCUCGCUAUUGCGUCACUUUAAGUUUGGCGUGUCUGAUCACACCGAAAUACCGUUGAUUCUUGAAACUCGCAGCUUCACAUUAAGUAGUAAGCAUGGCAUUCAUCUGAAGGUGGAACAAAUUUGACGAAAAUAAACUCUCUUCUCAUGCAUUGUAUAUCUCGUAAAAUUGUCCUUUGUAUUAUUUUGACAUUAUGUUUGUGAAAAAUUUAAAAUAUUAAAGAUGUAGUUAACGGCAGA